AACACAAAAGCAAAGAGGUUUAAAGAAGAAAAUAUACAAUUACGAAAAUGCAAGCAACUAGGGAGGAGAAGAUGGAUUAUGCUACAGCCACAGCCAAGGGUGGGAAGGAGAAGACCACAAUCAUCGUACAAGAACAGGCGGAGAGGGUGGCGGGUUGUGAUCCGGUGCAGAAAGAAGCGGUGAUGCGGGAGAGAGAUGCGGCGGCGCGGGAGAGAGACGCGGCGAUGCGGGAGAGAGAGGAGAUGCAGUACAACGCGGAGAUGCACAAGCGGGAAGCUCAAGACGCUGUGGGGCGGGAGAAAGAUGCCCGAGUCGCCGCGAUGCGGGAGAAAGACGCGGCGACGCGGAAGAAAGAGGAGAUGCAGCACGUCGCCGAGGUGAACAAGCGAGAAGCUCAUGACGCCCGCGUCGCCGCGGCGCGAGAGAAAGACGCCAGAGUCGCCGCGGCUCGGGAGAAACAGGAGAUGCAGCACGUGGCGGAGGCAAACAAGGGACAAGCUCUAGACGCGGCGGCGCGGGAGAAAGACGCUCGAGUCGCGGCGACGCGGGAGAAAGACGCCAGAAUCGCCGCGGAGCGGGAGAGAGAGGAGAUGCAGCACUUCGCGGAGGCGAACAGGCGAGAAGCUCUCGACGCGGCGGCGCGGGAGAAAGACGCUCGAGUCGCCGCGACGCGGGAGAAAGAGGAGAUGCGGAACCUCGCGGAGGUGAACAAGCGAGAAGCUCUCGACGCGGCGGCGCGGGUGAAAAACGCCCGCAUCGCCGCGGCACGGGAGAAAGAGGAGAUGCAACACGUAGCCGAGGCGAACAAGCGAGAAGCUCUAGACGCGGCGACGCGGGAGAAAGAGGAGAUGCAGCGCCUCGCCGAGGCAAACAAGCGAGAAGCUCUUGAAGCGGCGGCGCGGGCGAAAGACGCCAGCGCGGCCGCGGCACGGGAGAAAGAGGAGAUGCAGCGCCUCGCCGAGGCGUACAAGCGAGAAGCUCAUGACGUGGCGGCCCGGGAGAAAGACGCCCGCCUCGCCGCCACACGGGAGAAAGAGGAGAUGCAGUACGUCGCGGAAGCCAACAAGCAGGAAGCUCUUAUCGCCGCGAGGCGUGAGAAAGAAGCGGCGGCGCGGGAGAGAGAAGCGGCGAAACGAGAAAAAGACGCGGUGGCGCGGGAGAGAGAAGCGUCGGCGCGGGAGAAAGGCGCGGCGACGCGGAACGCGGAGGUGAACAAGCAGGAAGCUCAUGAAUGGGCGAAGCGGGAGGAAGACGCGGCGAAGCGGGAAAAAAACGCGGCGAAUCGGGAGAAAGAAGCGGCGAAGCGGGAGAAAGAAGCGAUGCAGCACGACGUGGAGGUGAACAAGUGGGAAACUCAUAACCUGAACGUUACCGAAAGGCAUGUGGCGACCGGUGGCCGUGGCUUUGCCACCUACGAUGAAACCACCGAUUUCGGAACCCCUCCAGCUUAUGGUGACCGCGUAAUUCCCAAUAUAUGUGGAGAGGUGCCGGCGCCGGCGCCGGUUCACACCCAGCCGCCCAAUCACCCCACCGGCAAUCUAAACCCGCCGGUUCACUCCGAGCCGCCCACUGGCGUUCUAAACCCCGACGAAGACGCUUCCGACGUUCCUACCAGACCUACGUACUACUGAUCUCAAUUAUCACUACAUUAUAGUAUCUAUGUGUGAUUAGGUUGUGCUGUUUGCCGUUUGCUGUUUUUAGUUAUGUAUCUAUCUUAUCCAACGCCUGCCAUGUAUGUAUUUGUAUUCGGAGACUUGAAUAAAAUUUGCUGAAUAAAUGAAU